UUUUCAGAUUAUAGAAAAUGGCCUACCUGUUGAGUUUUGCUUUGGUACUUUUGGUUGUCAUGACGACAGGGACAUUUGGAGUACACAUCCAUAUAGAUUACCGGAACUUUGAAGCGUUGACAUGUUAUACGUGCCCGAUGAAGAAGGAUAACGAACAAUGCAACAAUUGGGCGCCUAACAUACCAUGUCCAUUCAGACACACGGUAUGCAAGACUGUGCAUCGUAUAAAUGAAAGAACGGGCGAAAGUAUACAAGUUGACAAAAUGUGCGCCAUGCCAGAGCAAUGCAGCAAUGAUCACGUAGGUUGCAAGGCGACGGGUUUAGAAGGAGAAAUCGAAUGUAUCUCGUGCUGCACAGUAUCUUACUGCAAUGUCGCCGUACCAUACAACGUCACCACGUCACAGACAAUGUCCGCUUCAUUGAUUGGUUCAACAGCAAGUCACGUGACAAAAGUGGGCUGGCUUAAUAUUACAGUUACGCUUGCCUUCUUGAUAAUUCUAAGAAUUGUAUGAAGGUUAAAUACAAGUUUUCAGAAAAAAAGUGCUAAAAAAUCGUUUCACAGCUGACGAGUCAUUUUUUGUUUACAUUGGACUUCUUUGUUCAAAAAGUUAUUAGCCAAAUUUGACGUAUGUUCAGACCAGACUGGGACAGAUUUUUUUGUUCCAGGUUAAGAAUUGACUGGUUCAAAGCCUAGUGCUACUUAAAUUUAAGACAUUUAUAGGUUUUUAUAAAUGAUAUUAUUAGAAUAGUUUGCAUGUACGUAUAAUUGUUUGCAAAAUAUAUUUAUGCAAAACGUUAAAUGAAUGCAUAAAAGACCCACUUAUAGAAAACUGUUUCAUGAUCACAAGGCAAACUUAUAAUAAAACAGCUGAGCAACGGGGAUGUAUGUUGUAUAUUAUACGUGGGGAGACUUUUUAGACAAUGCCAUUUGAAAAAGAUUGAAAUAAAUACG